CGGGUUUAGCUAAAUGUUAUUGUGUGUUCAUCUUAGCCAUGCAACCCAAACAUAACAUAGCUUGGCCAUGUAACAUCUACGCUCAGGCAUCAGCUUUAUAGUUCGGACUCGACAGGACUCGAUCAAACCAUGUCUGCAAACGAAGUGUUAGAUAGCUUGCAGAGGCGGCUUCAGUCAGCCAAUGCGCCGACGGUCGCGAGGCAUGCUGUGGCGGGAAUUUUCGCAACGCUUCGCAAACCUGCUACCAGUGCGGAGGCGCGAACUUCCGCCAUCUCGUUUUGCCUAUCUCGACCAAAUAAGGUGGUAAUUCAGGAAGCUGCUGAUCAGCUGCUAUCGCUCGCCCUAUCAGGAGGCAUCCCCACAGCGGAGACCGUGGAGGCGCUUCUCAGCGGCCUCUCCACGGCUGGUCCCUCCACCGCCCCGCCGCUAGCUGAUGCGCUGUGUCGCCUGCUGGUGGCCUCUGCCACCGCACCCGCUCCUCCUGUACAUCCUCCUCAGCAGCAACCCUACCAGCAGCAGCCCCAGCAGCAGCCCUCGCAGCCCCCGCCCCAACAGCAGCUGUUGUACCACCCCGGUCGGUGGACCUCCCACCCGCUGGUAUGUGCGCUGCUGGCCUGCCCCUCCGCCGCCACCC